AUGUCGUUCAAGCUUCCACCAAAUCUCAUUCCGAAUGAUUCGAGCCCGGAAUGGAUGAGCAAAGGCGACAACGCAUGGCAAAUGACCGCCGCCACGAUGGUCGGCCUCCAAAGCGUACCAGGGUUAGUCAUAUUAUACGGCAGCAUCGUGAAAAAGAAAUGGGCCGUAAACUCAUGUUUCAUGGCCCUUUUCGCGUUUGCGGCAGUCUUAGUAUGUUGGGUCGGGUGGGGGUACCAGAUGUCUUUUGGUUCAGAAAAGUUUCUACCUUUUUUAGGAAGACCCAGCAUCGCGUCACUACGUGCUAGCUAUUUAGUCGAAAGGGCAUUUUCCGGGAAGUUGCCAAAUGCUACGAUGAUCUUUUUUCAGUUUGUUUUUGCGGCGAUCACGUUGAUUUUGAUCGCCGGAGCUUUGUUGGGGCGGAUGAAUUUUUAUGCGUGGAUGGUGUUUGUUCCGGUUUGGCUGACGUGUUCAUAUACUGUUGGUGCGUAUAGUAUAUGGUGUCCUGAUGGAUGGUUGGCCAAGAAAGGUAUUAUUGAUUAUUCCGGUGGUUAUGUCAUUCAUCUUUCUUCUGGAGUUGCUGGUUUCACUGCCGCGUAUUGGGUGGGACCAAGGGAAAGUAAGGAUCGGGAGAGGUUUCCACCCAACAACAUAUUGUUAAUGCUUCUAGGGGCGGGCCUACUAUGGAUGGGGUGGACCGGGUUCAACGGAGGUGAUCCUUACAUGGCAAGUAGGGAUGCAUCUCUCGCAGUGCUUAACACGCACGUGUGUGCAGCUACAAGCUUGCUGACAUGGCUCAUGCUGGAUAUCGUGUUCUUUGAAAAACCAUCGGUUAUUGGUGCCACACAAGGCAUGAUCACCGGUCUAGUAUGCAUCACCCCAGCUGCAGGGGUGGUGCAAGGUUGGGCAGCAAUAAUAAUGGGAAUAUUAUCGGGUAGCAUACCAUGGUUCACAAUGAUGGUGGUACACAAGAAAGUCUCACUACUAAAACAAAUCGACGACACCAUGGCAGUUUUCCACACUCAUGCGGUGGCGGGGUCGUUAGGUGGCAUUCUAACUGGCUUUUUUGCAGAGCCAAGGCUAAAUCGUCUUUUCUUCGACAUAACAGACGGGUGGCAACAUUAUGUUGGACUUGUUUAUGGGUUGAAAAUGGGCCAGUUCCGAGCCGGGUUCAAUCAAAUGUGGAUUCAGUUAUUAGGAAUAUUAUUUGUGGUGGGGUGGAAUGUUGUUGUAACUAGCUUGAUUUGUGUUGGGAUUAGGGCUUUUAUGCCUCUUAGAUUAAGUGAUGAAGUGUUGGAGAUUGGGGAUGAGGAGGUGCAUGGAGAAGGUGCAUAUGCGUUGUGGGGUGAUGGCGAGAAAUUUGAGAUUUCUAAGCGUAAUUCGUCUCAGUCUCAUGGGUUUAAUGAGUUUUCGGCAAAGGAAGGAAAUAAUUUCCGAUAA